UAAAGGAAGUCACGUUUGGAGAUUCUCCUAUAAGUGUUUCGCUGUAUGCGUUGAAACAGCCCUUCUUUAACAGCUCACUUCUUUUUUCACAUUCCUAAAUUCCUCUCAAUCUUCUCCUUCUUCUUCUUUGCUUAUACUUAUUAUAUAACUCUCUCUCUCUCUCUCUGACAAAAUAUCCCAACAUCAGAAAAAAUGGCUGAUGCUUUCUUGGAGAAGGCAACUUCUGCUCUCAGCGAAGCCAAAGAAUCAGUUGCAACCACAGCUGACUCUGUCAAGGCUUCUCUCACUGACGCUGAGAAAACCGUUGCGACCUCCACAGAGACGGCAAGGAGUACUCUAACUGAAGCUGGGAGUACCGUUGCUGCCUCUGCUGAAACUGUCAAGACCGAGGCUGCAGCUGCACCUGAGAAAGUGUCUGGUGUGUCUACACAGGCAAGGGAUGCAGUGGACAGUGCUCUGUCAAGAGGUAUAGAAGGAGCCAAAUCUUUGCUUCAGACUUUUGAAGAGAAGAGGACCGAAGUAUCCUCCAAGCUCGUUGGAGCUGUCUCAAAUGCUGUUGGUGGAGCAUCCAGCAGCACUGUGGCAAACCGAGACCUUCCCGUAUCUACAGACAAUCAGCCUCUGUUAGCAUCUGGUGAGACAACACCAUGGUGGAAGAAUUGUUGUGGAGUUCUUGAUCUUUUCAAGAAAGAUACCACAAGUUAAAAA